UUCAUUUGUAUCAUUUAUUACAUUAUUAGUUUUGCCCUCUCAUUCCCUUUCAUAUCGCUGGCUUUUGGUCCACAUACCGCAGCUUGAUCAGCCAUAUAAAACCUAGGAGGAAUACAGAAUAAGGAGGUUCAUAGGAUGAGGCUGUACUAUCGGCGCCUCGCACUCCUGGUGGUCUCCCAGAUACUUGCGUUCUGGAUUCUAAUCAAGAUUCUGGGCAGCCCAGGCGUGCAGACAUUGCGCGCGGACAGUGGGCACAUGGCUCUCCGACAAUGGGUUCUAUCCGUGCACAAUACGCAAGCUCCCAAUGAUAUUCGAGCACGGCGAUGCGCACUACUUUGUUAUCUGGGAGUCAUCAUGCCCGUCGGGGAAUCCGGCUCGAGGCGUGUAACUGUCGAGCUAGGUAUAGGCGCAUCGACGCCAACCACCACAGAUACACAGCGAUUUUCGGGCCAGUUGGCAAUGCCGCGGAUGUGUUCUACAAGGUCAGCAACUACCGCCAAGGCACACAGCAGUACAGGAUCCAUAGACCAGCUAAACAUAGCCUGCACCGCAACGAACCUGCAAACUUCCGCCGUGUACUGGGCAGAGUCCGCAAACUCUACGGCCCUGGGUGUCUAUCCAGACAUGACCUUGCAUGCAGGCGAUGUUAUCCAGAUACCCGAAAAGCUGGAAGACUGGCAGAACCAGUUUUUUGCGCCACUGGAAGACGUCGGUGGCCUGCAGCACCGUUCGCCGAUAAUAUUCGUGCCAGGCAACCACGACCACGACAAAAGCCGGCGGACCAGACAACCACAACUAUUACACAGACAUGUACCAUGGGCUCAAGACAUUGGUGGCCAACGGCACAUACCACCAGUUCUACCACAGCGUGAGCGUGGGCACAGCACGCAUCAUUGUGCUGGACGCAGAAUGCCCGUCCCCGGAGCAGAGUGUGUUUUUGAAGCGCGAGUUGCAGUCAGCGAUCAUUGCGAUCCAUGUUCCGCCCUACGUCGAGUUCUGGAUCCAUAUGCGUGGAACGACAAGGGUGAGAAGCACUGGGACGAGCACAUCCGGACAGAGUAUGACCCGCUAUUCCGCAAACACGGUGUACACCUGGUCAUCUCUGGCCACCAGCACAACUACCAGAGGUCGACGGUGCAUCGGGGCCCUGGGUAUGCACCAAACGAUUCAAUCACAUAUGCCAUCGUUGGUGGUGCUGGUGGCGGCCUGGAUCUGAAAAGGGUUGAGGACUACCAGAUGUACAAUGUCACGUACUUUGAUCACCACUUCGUCAGCUUGGACAUCGAGAAUAAGCAGCUGCACUGGGUCGCACGCAACGUUGCUGGCGAGACUAUCGACGAGUUUGUCUUCCAGCACUAGUGUAUGAGCGCACACGAC